AUGCCUGGAGGCGAUUCAGCAGCAACAGAAAACAUACCGGCUGGGGACUUUGACCUGCUGCUCUUCCGGCGGCGGCGCUUCCGUACAGCAAAAGCUUGUUAUCCAUGCCGUCGACGAAAGGUCAAGUGUGACCUAAACCAGCCAUGCGGGACGUGCAUCAGUCGGGAGCAUCCCGAUUUGUGUGACUACACGACCAAUACCUUUGCUGGAGCGGAGUCGUCUACCUCCGAACAGAGCCCGAGUGUUCGAGAGCAGCCUGAAGAGGCUCAUGUAAACCCUCCAGCUGCAGAAAUAGCUCAGGGGUUCACCACGUUUCCUUUUACCAACUUGUGGAUGCCAGGUGAUGGCAUAGAAAAAGUGUACAGUGCACUGCCCGAGGACGAUGUAAUUUUGAACCAUUUUCGAUUAUAUCAAGAAUCUCUCUUCCAUCUCGAGCCUUCGAUCGUAAACCUACGAAAUUUCGAAACUGUACUCCUAGAAUUCCUGCGUAAGCGAAGAGCUGUUCCGCCAAAUUCGUACCUGGAGCCUCUGUCAGAAAGCACAAGCUCGUGGUUUGGUCUCUUAUUUGGCAUAUUAUCAUGCGGUGCCCAGCUUGCUGUAGUCGAGGGGGUCGAGGGGGAGCUGGAUACCACGAAAGCGUGGGUUUUUGCAUGCUGCUCUUUCCAGUGCUUACGAUUUUGCAACUUUACUUCAUACCCUAAUAUCGAGGUUGUCCAAGCCCUAAUAAUGCUGGUCAAUUAUUUGAGAAACCAGGGAGAUGCAGGGGCUUCGUGGUCGAUGUUGGGCUUAGCCAUACGUCUUGCCCAAACUCUUGGGCUUCACUGCACACCAGAUCCCAACUCCAUCAGCAAUCCGAGGAAAAGGGAAGAGGCUAUUAUAAGAUCAUCCAUAUGGCGCUCCUUAAUCUGGCAGGACACUCUCGCCUCCCUCUGCUACGAUCGGCCGUCUGGAAUCGUUGUUUUAGAAUCUAUUCCAUCGAACACUGCCUCACCUCGAUUCUAUUCAUUCUUCGAUAGCUGCCAUCAUUUAUUUGUGACGGCAAACAAGAUUGGCCAUGCCCUAAACCAAGCAAAAUUUGCAGGAGAACGACUUUCCCACGAGACGGUACUCGAUUUCAGAAAGCUUGUCAACAUCAUCGAGACACGAUCGGUGCCCCAUUUACAAGAUCCAUCCAAGUGUCAGUCCAAGAAUGACUACAUUCAGCACUACAUAUUCAGACUCUUCACCGACUCGGUCAUGGUGUGCUUGUAUAGGCCAGCCAUGACAGGUGACGAAUCUCAAGAUGACGAUAUCACGGAUUAUUACCUGAAUCGAUGCCGUUCGACACUACAAACAUACAUGGAACUUAUGAAUUUGAAUGCUCCAUUCCAGAGGCUCUGGUUCUUUGUUCACAUCACAUUCAGCAGCGCCCUGAUCCUGGGCCAAGCUGCCUAUGCGCGCAAUGUUCAUUCCGAUAAGACAUUUUUGAAGCGUUUUUUUAACAGUCUCUCGCAAAAUCGAGCGUUUGUUAGCGUUCCAGUGUAUGAAAAUGCCUGGAGAUUACUACACGAGUUCUUGACGACAAACGAUAACAAUAUGGAGGAAUAG